AUGAACGUUUCAUCACAACCAGUUGUUUUUCCAACUAAGAAUUAUUCAUCAAUGGUUUUUAAUGCUUCUCCAAUAGCUGUUAGCAAUAAAAUAAGAGCAAUUCAAGCACGUAAAACUCGUCUUACACCAUUACCUAAUGAUCAUGAUUAUACUGAUAUUCGUCGAUUAAAUUUUGGUUAUAAUGGUGGUGUUACAAAUUCUAGAACAGAUAUUUCUGUUUUAACUCCUGAAAGAUUAGUUGAUCGUAGUAAAGAUUUACGUCUUGAUCGUAUUCCUAAACGUCUUCCACCUCGUUCAUCUGUUUUAUCAACAAAUAUUAAUCAACCAUCAUUAUUAUGGCCAGGUUAUCAAGCAUCCAAUGAAAGUAAUAAACAACAUCAAAUACCAUCAAAUCCUCCUACAAUAACAUCACCAACUGCUGUCAGAUCAUGUAAAAAUAAAUCAUUACCAUGUGGUAAAAUACCUGAUAUUAAUCGACGACAAAAUCGUCAAUUAUAUAAUGAUCGACAAAGUUCAUUAACAUUAAAUGAACAACAAAAAAAAACUAUAUUAAGAAAAAAACCUUCACAAAUUCAAAUACAUAAUAAUACAAUAGAAAAAAUAAAUAAUAAUAAUGAUCUUCAAACAUAUGAAACUGAAGAAGAUGAAGAAAAUAUUCCUAUAGAUGAAGAAUUUGAACGAUAUCUUGAAACAGCAGUUGUUAAAUGUGCCGAUUGGCUUAUUAAAUAUGUAUUUAAUCAAACAAUUGAUAAACAAAAUGAUUAA